UUUUUGAAAAUAGCUUUGCGUUAAGUCGCUUGCCCUGUGAAGCUGUAAAGAAUUAGAGGCAAGACGCGCGAAUUUUAAUUGCCUUCAAUAUAUAUAACAUUAAUAAGUUUUAUGUUUCAAUUUGAAUAACUAAGUGAUAGAGACAAAAUAGUCUCUACCAAAACAGUGGCUGCGAGGUAACUAUGUCAAAUCGACGAAAUGCAAAUCGAAAUUCGGGCAAAUUCGGUGCAGGUAAACGAAAACAGGAUGAAGAUAAAGAUGAAUCAACAACACGUAAAAAAGGCACAAAAGCCAAUGCUAACAAAAACGUAUCUAGAAAUGCAGCCGAAGUUGAAGAUACGCGCUUAAACGCAAACAAAACAUCUGAACCAAAUGCUUCGAAGCAAGAUGAGGCAACUCUAUCACAACCAAUUAAGCAAACACACAACCCUGUACCAGUUAUUGAGUCAAAUAACCAAGCAGUAAGUGCUACAGAUGCGCCAGGGCAUGCAUUGGAUGAAGCUACCAUAUCGGAUGAUGAAGAAGGAGGGACGCGUAUCGGUGACAUAUAUAUACCGCCACCAAUCCCGCCUCACUGUUCCAUGGAAAGUACCGGACCAAGGCUCAUUAUAACGAAAAUAAUUAAUAACAAUUUCAAAAGUUAUGCAAACACAGUAAAGUUGGGACCUUUUCAUCAUCGAUUUACUGCUAUUAUUGGUCCGAAUGGUAGCGGUAAAAGCAACGUGAUUGAUUCGCUAUUAUUUGUGUUCGGCUAUCGCGCUAAUAAAAUACGAUGCAAAAAAGUAUCAACUUUGUUACACAAUUCAGUAAAUUAUCCAAACACCCCUUCUUGUUCCGUUGCGGUACACUUUCGCCAAAUAGUGGAUGUGGAUGACGAAUCGUGUAAAGAUAUACCAGGUAGUGAAAUAGUUAUAGAGCGGGUAGCUUUUCGUGAUAAUUCUUCGUAUUAUACAAUAAAUGGAAGACGUGUACAGUUUAAAGCGGUGGCAAAAUUGUUAAAAACGCAUCAUGUCGAUUUGGAUCAUAAUCGGUUUUUAAUUCUACAGGGCGAAGUAGAAUCGAUAGCGAUGAUGAAAGCAAAAGGGCAGAACGAAAAUGAGACCGGUAUGUUGGAGUACUUGGAAGACAUUAUCGGCACAAGUCGGUACAAGGAACCGCUUCAAAAAAUUAACGAACGCGUUGAACAGUUAACAGACGAGCGCACUGAAAAACAUAAUCGCUUAAAAAUAUCUGAACGUGAAAUGAAUGAUUUGGAACAACCAUAUAAUGAAGCCUUGGACUAUUUGAGGCUUGAGAAUGAAAAUACACGUACUAAAAACCUGAGAAUACAAAAGUACAUAAGUGAAAAACGUAAAAAAUUAGAGGAAUACACCAAAAAACAAGAAGAGGUGCGUGAUGAAUUAAUGAAACAUGAUGAAAUUUCUAAAGAAUUGGAAACAAAGCGCAAAGAAAAAGAAGACUUAGAACGUAAAGAAAUCAAAGAAUUUGACGCCGUACGGAAGAAAAAGGAAAAUAUAGAAAAGGAUCUAGAAAGGGCAAGCAGUGAUUUUACUAGAGUACAACGCACUAUGGCAGCAGUUAAUAAACGUCGUAAAGAGAAUAAGGUUUCGCUAGAGAAAUGUGAAGAGAAUUUGGAGACUUUGAAGAAAAUACCAGAGAAGAACGAAGCUGAAAUCAAAGAAUGUGAAACGAAGGUGGAGAAACUAACUAAACAAAAAGCAGAAGCUGAUGAGGAUUUACAAAAAAAUUACAUUCUUGUCGAAGAGCAAACGAAACCUCUUAUUGAAAAGCGUACUAAACUUGAAACGGAUCUCUUAGAUUUUAAACAAAUAUUUGACAGUGCAAAGGCGGAACAAAUACUGCUGGAGAAAGAAUUGAACAUCCUGAAACGUGAUGAAACGGCAGAAGCAAACAAAUAUUCAAUUCUUAAAACAUCCUAUGAUGAUUCUCUUGAAAAUUUGAAAACACAAAAGGAGAAAUUUGAAGAGAUUCAAUUAAAACUGCCAGAAAUAGCUCAAGGUAUCAAGGAAAAAGAGCAGGAAUUGGUGAAAUUAAAUCAAGAUGAGAAGAUCAAACGACAACAAGUCAACGCACUUAAGUCACAAAUCGAUGAAAAGGUGACCACUUUAAGAAUGGCCCGUUCCAACAAUAAAGUUGUUGACUUUUUGAUUAGGCAAAAACUUUCUGGGAAAAUACCUGGUGUACUCGGACGUUUAGGCGACUUGGCUGGUAUCGAUUCGAAAUAUGAUGUUGCGAUUUCUACAGCGUGUGGUCGUUUAGAUAAUAUCUUGGUGGAAGAUGUUCGCACAGCACAGAAAUGUAUCGAAAGCUUGAGACAAGCUGGUGUUGGUCGAGCAUCGUUUCUUGCAUUAGAGAAAAUAAAACAUUACAGUAAAUAUUCUGGACGUAUAGAAACUCCAGAAAAUACACCACGACUUUAUGAUUUGCUUCGUGUUGAAGAUGAACGUGUUUUGCCCGCAUUUUACUUUGUUCUUCGUGAUACACUCGUUGCAGAUAAUCUCGAAGUAGCAUCACGUAUUGGUUUUGGUGCGCGUCGUUUUCGCAUUGUAACAGUCAGUGGUGAUAUAAUCGAAACAUCGGGUACAAUGUCAGGUGGUGGUCGUUCAAAAAUUCGUGGAAAAAUGAGCUCAAAAGUGCAAACGAAAACCAAACCAGAUAUGAACAGCUCAACGAACGAAAAAGCUUUAGAUGAAAUGCAAGAGCAAGCCCAGAAUCUUCAGUCGGAAAUCAAUUUUUUGCAAGAAGAACAAGGUCGUAUUGAACGCGAACUGCUUCAGCUACGAGCAAAACGUGUACAGUUUGAAAAUGAUGGCAGGAAACUAUCAAUAACAAAUAAAAGUUUAGAAGAGCAAUUACCACGAGUUUUUGAGCAAUUACAGAUACAAAAGAAACGUAUGGAUGCAACAAAAUCCGACACGGUUAAAGUCAAUGAAUUAGAAAAACAAAUAAAUGAGAAGCAAAAGAGUGUGGAAAAGGCUAAAGUUGACACCGAUAAACUAGAUAAAAAAAUUGCAGCAACGAAAGCUGAUAUAGAGGAAAUUCAUAGCAAUAAAAUAAAAUCCGUACAGACAAAAAUUAAAAAUUUAUCUAAUCAGAUAGAUAAACUGUCCAAGAACAUAACUAAGUUAAAGGUUGAAGUCAGUUCUUCAGAGCGAAAUGUCCAGAAAACUGAGAAGGAGAUUGAGAAUUUAAAUUCGAUGAUUAUAAAUUGUCAGGAUGAAAUAACUGAGCUUAGUGAACAACGCCAGAAGCACGAUGAUGAAACCGUAGAAUUAACUAAACAAUUAGAAGAGACAAAAGAAGCUUUAGUUAAUGCUAAAUCUGGUGCAAGUGUUGUACAAAAAGAGAUAAAAGAAAUCGAGGAUCUUGAAGAACAGCAAAAGUUGAAGCGUAUUGAAAUUAACCAAAAACUUAACACAACAACUAAUCGUGUUAACGAAGUAAAAUCACAAAUUCCGCAUUGGGAACAGCAGUUGAAACCACUAAAACUGAAUGAAAUACCUGUAGAUAAAGAGCCCCAAGCACCUUUAAAAACCUAUACGGAAGAAGAGUUGAACUCACACACAUUACAGGAUAUACAGUACAAGGAGAGUGUGCAAGAAGAAUUAUUGCAGAAAAAGAAACCAAACCUCUCGUGCAUAGAUGAAUAUAUUGUCAAACGCGAUGCCUACUUAGAGCGUGUAAAAGGACUUGAGGACAUUACAGCAAAAAGAAAUGAAAUGCGUCAGUUGCAUGAUGAUGUACGGAAGAAGCGUUACCAUGAAUUUAUGAAUGGUUUUCAAAUUAUAACGAAAAAACUUAAGGAGAUGUAUCAAAUGAUAACGCAAGGCGGUGAUGCAGAACUGGAAUUAGUCGACUCAAUGGAUCCAUUUACUGAAGGUGUAUCGUUUAGUGUUCGACCCCCAAAAAAGACCUGGAAAAAUAUAUCAAAUUUAUCAGGUGGCGAAAAAACUCUGUCUUCAUUAGCAUUAGUUUUUGCUUUACAUUACUACAAGCCAUCACCUUUGUAUUUCAUGGACGAAAUUGAUGCAGCGCUCGAUUUCAAAAAUAUAUCUAUCGUUGCGCAUUACAUUAAGGAGCGAACUAAAAAUGCUCAGUUCAUUAUCAUAUCGUUGCGUUCUAACAUGUUCGAGUUAUCAGAUUUGGUUGUUGGCAUAUAUAAAGUUAUGGAUUGUACUGAUGCAUUAUGUUUUCAUCACAAGAGAUAUAGUUUACCAGAUGCAAAACAAAAUAAUGAAACAACAAAUUCAUUAGACAGUUCAAAUGCAAACCUGGCUGUAGAUAUCGACAACUCAGUGAGGGAUACAAUAACGAACGAUGCACAAUUAAUUCCAUGCGAUAAAGAUACUGAUGCAGCAGCGGCAAAUUGUGAAAACGAAACGCAAGAUUCAAUGCAAACGUAAACCUAAAAUCCAACUUCUUACGACGUCAUCAAUUCGCUAUUAUUAAGUUUCUUUAACAAAAGUAGUUUUAAUUACAACUUCUUCACAUAACUAAGCCGAUGCUUGUCCAACUCUGUUAUGUGCAAUUACGUUUAAGUUUACCUAACGCAUUGUUUGUAUAAUUUAUGCAUACAUUAUGCAUGUUUGUAUUUAUUUUUUUGUUAGAAUGUGUUUUUAUACAAUUUUUACCAAAAGCAUUAUUUCAAAAUUUUACAUUUGUUUUAUACUUAUAUUUUGUGUAAGACAGCAUACUUGACCAUUGAAA